GUCUCUACAUUCAGUGCCAAGGCGACUCUGCGCAGUGCCAGCCUGGACUUACCUGUGAUGGGAGCCACAUUCUCACCCCUACCCCAAGCGUCCUACUCAGGUGUUUAUCCUGCCGUACCCAGCCACUGGGACCAGGAUGGGGUACCUGGCGUGUCCAGUGUGUGAACGGGAGUCACUGAUCAAUGUUGGCGACCUACAGCAACGUGUGGCCACUGCCCUCACCAGGCCUCUGGCCUGCCCUAUCUGCAGCGCCUCCGUCAAUGGCUUACAGGCUUUCCACCAUCACUUGGCGGCCCACCUGCCCUCCCAGCACAAUCACUGUUCUGACCCUGGCACGCCCACGUCUGCCCUCAGCACUCCCGGUUACCCGCCUAUCAGCUCCCCCGAGGUCAUUCCUACCCUCGAGCAUUUAGAGAUAAAUGAUGGCAGAGUUUCCCCGCACAGCCCAACCGCCAUGGCCAGGACGCUGCCGGAGACUCGGGAGUCAACUAGUGUGAGUUCAACGAGUGGUGGAAGAGUUCAAUCUGUGGCCAGCCCUGCCUCUGCCUCUGACCACACCUCUGUCCAACCUCACAACUGCGACCUAUGUGGCCUUGUCUUCUCAUCUGAACACUUCUUAAAAAUUCACAAAGACAUAAUUCACGCUAAAAGUAAUUUUUUUGAUGUCACUUGUAAGCUAUGUAAAAAAAAGUUCAAGGACUUCGAAGCCUACCGUAACCAUGUUCGGGAAGACCACAGUGACCGUCGUUACAUGUGCGACCAGUGCCCCAAGACCUUCAAGAUGAAGGGCAGUCUGCUGGUACAUACUCGCAUGUUUCACGACCCGUCCUCGCCAGCCACCUGCCAUAUCUGCAAGAAGACCUUUACCACGAAGGCCAGGAAGGAACUGCACGAGAAGCGGUACCAUGGCACAGGCACUGACCGUCUACAGCCGGGCAAGACGUCCUCACCUUCCCCCUCCUCCAGACAGAGGGUCAAAAGCUCUAGUCUGGGGGACGCCAAAAACUGGUUGGAGACACUGAUGAACGAGAACAAAUCUACUGGUGAAGACUGUAGUACAUCAUGUGAAGUCCCUGGCCAGCAGUACCAACUGUCACAGUCGCUGCAUCACCAUUCACACUCACCGUUGCAGUACUCACCUCCACAAACAAUCAAGCAAUCUUCUGAACAAAGUGUCACCGUAGAGCACCUAGCAGCGAACCAGUUUAUGAAUCAUCAUUCUCAAAGCCAAAACGCUGAACAGCAACAGGUAAAGGAACACGUGCAGCAGCAACAACAAAGACCUUUUCAACAAUCACAACUGGAUAUUCACCGGCAAAAUAAGUUACAAACCAAAGAAUUACAGGACCAACCUUCCUGGGGACAUGACACUCAAACCUACAUCAACCUUCAUUCUAAGGCAACACCUCAGCCACAGAAGUCGCCCUCAGAUGUGUACUUUCCUCCAUAUAAAAAUAAUAUUGUCUUUCCAUGUCAUAUGCUGCAGCAAAACUUUAGCGCUGGUCGUCCACGCAUAGAAUACACCGACUUUAAAGAGGAGAAGAAAGCGGGAGUUUCUCAGCAUCAAGCACUAACGGAGGCAGCUGCAGGUCGCAUAGUGGGAAGUGGGCACUCACAAAACAGCCCCGUGGCUGUGGUAUCUCCCCAGCCCCACAAAGCGGAGUCCCCACCUAGCAGUGUUCAUGCUCAGGACGAUGGCCACACAUACACAGAAACAAGAAGAAACAGUUUUCCCCUCGUGAAUUUCAACAAGUUGGGGUUCCCACAGGGCGAUCCAGCACGCCUACAUCCAACCACUUACAUCAGCGAACUCUCUCUGGCAGGUCCCGAGGGUACUCCUCUGUCGGGUGGACAGACAAUAGACAUUCCCGGCCUGGGAGAAAAAAUUCACAGCACGCUGGCCAUGUCUCAGCACCUGGUCUACCAACAAUGCCACAGCAUAGUGCCAAGUCUCAGUUCCAACAUGACACUCCUUGGUACCGACACUAAGACGGGGCUACGUGUGCCGCCCUUGAUUAUACCCACCAAUCUGUACCCGGUGGAAAUGAAGGAGUCUCCAGACAGUCCUGUCCAGAUGAUAGAUGUGCAGAAGGAGGCGGCAACGUGUGAAGUGUGCCCAACGAUGGAGGGUGAGGUACCAGAGGGGGUAACAGACCCCCGGAGGGAACAGCAAGGUGAAUCAAUCCUCCAACACAGGUCUCCAGGAUCUGCUGCUGCCACUAACUUCACCAAGAAGGAGAACGGGGGCGGAAAGACUGACAACAAGCAGUGGGAGUGCGAGGUGUGCAGGAAGUCCUUCACUACUAAAUACUUCCUCAAGAAGCACAAACGUCUCCACACAGGCGAGACACCAUACGCAUGCGCUGAGUGUGGGAAAACCUUCACCUUCCAACAGAGCUACCACAAGCACAUCCUUUACCAUUCAGACGACAAGCCGCACCAGUGCUCGUACUGCGGGCGGGCCUUCAAAGAGAUGUCAACGCUCCACAACCACGUCAGGAUCCACACCGGGGAGAAGCCCUUCGUCUGUGAGACAUGUGGUAAGGCGUUCCGGCAGCGCGUGUCAUACCUGGUCCACCAGAGGAUCCACACCGGUGUGAUGCCCUACACCUGUGACAUCUGCGGCAGGUCUUUCAGGUACAAGGUGAGUCUACGUUCACACAAAUGUGAGACGACUAUAGCGUCCACGUCAGGGGGAAACGGUAUCGCCUCACGCAAAGAUGGAGAAACCCGCUCUGACGCCAGCAAGAACACCUACUCUAGUUCAAGCAACAGUCCUUCGCCCACACCCACCACUGAAGCCCCAACCCCAGACCUUAUCCACACGUCUACAACCAUCACACGAACUGUGGUUGGAAUUCCGUCCCCCAGCUUCGGAGUGAUGGGUGGGACGUGUGUGGGGCGCGGCGGGUCCCCCAUGCUUCUUGAGGGACCCAUGGGAGGCAGGUCGGGACAGAGUGACCCCUCUAGCGUGCCCCCUACCCACCAUCCCAACAUGUCCACCAGAAUGAAGACACCACUAGAGACCAUCGACCUGGCAGCAAUAUCGUGUGACAGCGUGCUCUCUCAUCCAGACGGCAAGCGAUCUCCUUGCAAGACUAAGUCUACUAGUAACAAGACCAACAGUAGUGUGGCUCAGGGUGGACAGGACCCACUCUCUAUGGCCUUCCUACACGCCCUAGUGGACCCCCAGCAUGGUCGCCUACAGGGGGAGUGCCGCCCCCACACUGCCCUCUCUCAGGACACACUGCCCUUCCCUAGCCUCUCCCCCGCCAUGGACGCUGAUAUGGAUCACGACAGUUUCCUUACUAAUCUAUUGAUGUGAUGAACGUAUAUUUUUAUUUCUAUAUAGUUAUUAACAGGGUACAAAUUAUUUUAUUUCCUUUCACUU